AAAAAGCGGCAGCGCUUGGGAACAGGGACGAACAACCAGACCAACACCGUAAGAGAACCCCGGCAGUGGGGGGGUGAAUUCUGAGGCAAAGCAAACGAACGAACCCGGCUUCUCAUCAACGGGCGGCGGGAGCUACUUGAUGACAUUCCCUAACAACACUCUCUCACCGACGAAUGAACUUAAGCUUCUCCUGUGAUGUUAAAGCGCUGGUGCUGCUGCUGAUGCCUAGCUCGGCCUCUUCCUCUCACACCUUCCUCUUUGGUGGAGCUAUCCAAUUAGUCACAGUCUUCUAACUCUUUCCCAACAGCCCUUCAUUUUUUUCCUAUUCAGUGAUAGGUAGUGGUGACUGAAGAUGUCAGAUAAUGGUGAAGUGGAAGACAAGCCUCCAGCUCCGCCCAUGAGGAACACCAGCACCAUGAUUGGUGGGGGCAGCAAAGACCCUGGGAACCUAAACCAUGGCUCCAAACCGCUUCCCUUGGCCCCUGAAGAAAAGAAAAGGAAAGACAGGCUAAGGUUCUUCCCUGGAGCAGGCGACAAAACCAACAGGAAAAAAGAAAGGGAACGACCAGAAAUCUCACUACCCUCUGAUUUUGAGCACACGAUACAUGUUGGAUUUGAUGCUGUCACAGGAGAGUUCACAGGCAUGCCAGAGCAAUGGGCUCGGUUACUACAGACAUCAAAUAUCACAAAAUUAGAGCAGAAAAAAAAUCCACAAGCAGUGUUGGAUGUUUUGAAAUUCUAUGAUUCAAAAGAAACAUCAAAUAGUCAAAAGUACAUGAGCUUCACAGAUAAAACAACAGAUGGAUAUGCUUCCUCAAAUGCACUGAGUACAAAGAACGUGUCAGAGUCCCCGGCCGUGCCUCCAGUGUCGGAAGACGAUGAUGAAGAUGAAAGUGUCCCACCACCUGCAAUUGCACCACGGCCAGAACACACCAAAUCGAUGUACACACGGUCUGUGAUAGAUCCCAUCCCUCUCCCACCCACCAAAGAUGCUGCCACAUCCCCCAUCUCCUCACCCUCUGAGAAUAACACCACCCCUUCAAAUACCCUAACGAGGAACGCUGAGAAACAGAAGAAGAAGACCAAAAUGACAGAUGAAGAGAUAUUGGAAAAAUUGAGAAGUAUAGUAACAGUGGGCGAUCCAAAAAAGAAGUACUCGACAUUUGAGAAAAUUGGACAGGGAGCAUCAGGCACAGUAUACACAGCAAUUGAUGUCGCCACGGGGCAAGAGGUUGCAAUCAAGCAGAUGAAUUUACAGCAACAACCCAAAAAAGAAUUGAUUAUUAAUGAAAUUCUGGUCAUGAGGGAAAAUAAAAAUCCCAAUAUCGUUAAUUAUUUAGACAGUUACCUCGUAGGGGAUGAAUUAUGGGUGGUUAUGGAGUACCUGGCAGGAGGUUCACUGACUGAUGUCGUCACGGAAACUUGUAUGGAUGAAGGACAGAUAGCAGCUGUCUGUAGAGAGUGUUUACAAGCACUGGAGUUCCUACAUUCAAACCAGGUCAUUCACAGGGACAUAAAGAGUGACAAUAUUCUGCUGGGAAUGGAUGGCUCAGUCAAGCUAACUGACUUCGGCUUCUGUGCUCAGAUUACACCAGAACAGAGUAAACGAAGCACAAUGGUGGGGACACCAUACUGGAUGGCCCCUGAAGUGGUCACACGAAAAGCAUAUGGUCCCAAGGUAGACAUUUGGUCACUGGGAAUCAUGGCAAUUGAAAUGAUUGAGGGAGAGCCUCCCUACCUAAAUGAGAACCCUCUACGGGCAUUGUAUCUGAUAGCAACAAACGGGACUCCAGAGCUGCAGAAUCCCGAAAGGCUCUCGCCUGUAUUCAGGGAUUUCCUGAAUCGCUGCCUGGAGAUGGAUGUUGAGAAGAGAGGCUCCUCCAAGGAGCUGCUUCAGCACCAAUUCCUGAAGCUGGCGAAGCCGCUGUCCAGUCUGACUCCGCUAAUCAUUGCCGCAAAGGAUGCAGCCAAGAACAAUCGUUAAUGCCAUGGGGAGCCAAACCCACCCCCCUUCCCACCCCCAUCCCCCCCAUACCCAUCUCAAUUUCUGUGCCAGAGUGGCCUGCUCCCCGCGACGAUACCAUUCCUGAACUCCACAAUUCAAACAUUCCUGAACCAUCAUGACCAUUCCUGACUCGGAGCUCCUCCAGCUUCAACUCUUUCAUAGCCAAAUUACAGGAAAGAGCAUGGGGGUGAGUGGGCGGGCGGGCAGAGAGCAAACAGAGAGAGAGGGAGCACUACCAGGCUGUAUUUCUGCUGUACAUGGUACUGCAUCAAUUAACACAUUUGGGUGAAAUCCCUCUCUCAUCUGAAAUGGGUCUAAUGACUUCUUUAAAGUACUGGAUAAUAGUGCAUUAUGGUUAGUACCUUGUGGAAUUUCAAAUUGUAGUGUUGGCUAAUGGGUAGGGGUUACUGGUUGUGGCAGGGGGAGAAGCCCGUGAAUUACUGUCUCCAUCUGAACAAUAAACUGUUGGCUCGCACCCAACAAAUAAGAGGUGCUAGCUGCUGGGUUUUUUGUAUGUUUCAAAGCAUGAUCUCUCGACUUGUGUCGACAGCAAAGUGCUUUCAAUUUUCUUUCUUCCUCCCCCUCCCAUGUCCUUAAAUUAGUUUUGCUUCUCUCCUUCUCCCUCUCUUUUGGCAUUGAUCACCUCGAUUGAUAUAUUGAUCAUCUUGCUGUCCGCCUGCUGUCUUGGCCUUUGGUUCAAGGCUGUUCUAAAAUCACUGAGAAUGUACUGACAGGCUGUUUAUUGAUUAUGUACAUGGAGUAGUGAUUGAGACUGUAGUAAUAUCAGUUUUAAUGCACCCAGUGCAGCCUGGCAUGUAGUUUUUUUUUGUGUGUCCCUCCCCUUACCCAUGAGAUAUUUGUUUGUACCAGUUUUCUGAACACUACAACCUAAGAAAAGUGGUGCCAUACAUCUGCCUUGAGCGACUUUCAUGCUGCUAAAUUUUGAAAAUGUCUAUAGUGUACAAAACUAUGGAAUUUUAAUUCCUGGGGGGGAAAAUGAAAUAAAAAAGGGUGUGUUAUAAUAA